GAGGAGGAGCAGUGAAAAGAGUCGCUUCGAGUGAAGUAGAAGACAGUGACGCUUGUACUUGCAUCUGCUACCGACAGACAUGAGUAGGAUAACGCAAGCGCUUGAGGAAUUUUGACCUCACCACUUCGAGCAGCGGUUGCCGCGUCAGGCUCUCGGCGACUUGCAGCGUGCGCCCGAUGAACGACCUACCCGGCUCUUGUUGUGCUUCAGACAGAAGAGGGCUUGCGGUGGCUGCAUGCUGGUACGCCUCGGCGCGCCAGUUGUGUCCGGGUCCUCAUACAUUCCGUCAGCAUCACCGCGGCCCCCGCGCGGUCCGUCAGCCUUGUCAAUGGCCAACGUGGUGCUAGCUUGGCGCCGCAGUGUCCGCCGGGGGCUCGCGGGCAUACACGACGGCGAGGGAGAGCUCGUCGGCGUCUGCAGUCGUUUUCUCGUAUCAACAUGAAAAACGCCGCGAACUACGACACGGGCCGGCCCCGGGUCCGGCCGGGCCACUUCUCGGCCGGCGCCUUACUUUCGGUCGACCCAGAAAUCCAGGACUGCAAGGGGGCGCGCCGCCGGUUUUUUUGUGUGUUCCCGCCUGCCCUAUUGGGCCGCCGCGGGGGCCCCCGCCGGCCCCAAACGCAGAAAGCAAGGCGCCGCGCCCCUUGUCUCGGCCGCACAUCGAGAAUGGAUCACAGGCCCCCCGGCAUUUCCGAGCCGUUCUGCCUGAGACGCAUAGUCGACGCGAACGGAACACAUUGACGGAAGCCCGGCCGGAACGUUCGCCAUGUGAUGUCUAAGGCCGGGGAUGGAACUGGCGCAAGGGAGUCGCAGGCCCUGCGCGCGCCCGCGGCUCCGGAUUGGGGGCGCCCCUGCUAUUGCGGUCGCCCGGCUAUCUCCUUUGCAUGGAUGAAGCAAAGAGCGAAGCCCUUAUUGGCGGGAGGGCGGGGACAUAGUUCUUGCCCUUUGCCCGGGUCGUUGGGUGCCUUCCUUGGGGGGAACCGUGUGCCGACCGGCGCGCCCCCCCCCCGGAGCUAUCUAAUCAAUCCGACGAAGCAUGUGUUGGCGCCUGGUGGUGGUGAAAUAGAACGAACCGAACCGCCGGCAGCCGCUCGGAAUUAAAAGAACCAACGUGGAGGGUGUUUCCAGGUGUUUGCGCCGCCUGGAUUGUUGUCCCUGUGUGCAUUUGCCAUGAUGAUGGCGCCUGCAGACCGUUGUUGAAUGUUGCACCAGCCGCACGAGCGAAGACUCAAUGAAUUGAAAUUGAU